AUCCGUCGAGCUCCCGUCCAUCCACUUGGCCAAAAUUCGAAUUCGGUUCUUCUCUUCCCUCAGUUGACAAAUAAUAAUCAAAACUAAAAACCUGACUCAGACAGCCAGCCUAAACUCCUCCAGUAAUAAUAUUUGCUAAUAUAAAACACCGUAAAUCCUUCUUGGAUGAAGAGAGAGAAGAAUUUGAAAGACACGCUGCGUACAAGUGCAGAAGAUAACCACUGAAAUUGAUUUGGAAAUUACGUUCACAAUCUAGGCACUGGACCGACUGUAAAGUCGACAAGACACUUUUUGGUUUACUGAUCCAGCAACAAAUUUCAAGCUCGACAUGUUCAAGAGUAAUGUUGAAUAAACCCAGCUGACCGUACAAUGUGAAUGACAGGAGGAAGUCGUUUUAUAUGGUGCAGACAAUGCGGGGGGAGAUCUCCUGGUCUGCGAACUAAUGGCAUCCCUUGGGAGUGGUGGGGAGAGUGGAGGCCGGGAAGAACUCAAGAGCCAGUUCUCAACGAGGGAAGGAACUUACCGGCUCGCCUCCGCCGUCGAAUUCGCUCGAUCAACAAGGCCACUGGCCUACGUUGCCCCCACUAAUAACACGACGCCCGCACCCGGAACAAGCCCUCCGGUUAGAAUUUCCUUCGUCAGUCAUUCGUCCAUGUUUGAGCAAUCUAGGUCCAAUCACGAUAAAACAACGGUUCCUGGAGAAAGCGGUGGUGGUGGAUCAAAUCGGUCAUCUCCAGAAUCUCCCGUCGUCAAUGCCAGCAGCAACAUGGUUCAUCAUGGGAAUGAAGAGACGUACUUUACGGGAAGUAAUGGGAGUGCGUCAAAUGGAAGUCACGAAGAUUCUUCCAAUCCAGACGUAGAUUCUACGCCACAUAGAUUUUGCUUAAAUAUCGGAAAGGAGCUCUUCAUUUUCCCCUACAUGGGGAUUCGCAAGGCUGUUGAUAUGUCUAAACCCAUUGAUAAGCGAAUCUAUAAAGGAACGAACCCAACAUGUCAUGAUUUUAAUUCCGUUGUCGCCAGUCACGAUAGUCUGAUGCUGCUCAUUGGGUUUUCUGGAGGGCAGAUUCAAUUGGUUGAUCCUAUAUCCAAAGAAGUCAACAAGCUAUAUAAUGAGGAAAGGGUAAUUGAUAAGACAAGAGUCACGAGCAUUCGUUGGGUACCUACUUCCACGACACUGUUCAUGGUAUCACAUGCGAGUGGUCACAUGUAUUUGUACAACGUGGAACACCCCUCUGGAACUACAGCACCCCAUUAUCAAGUGCAUAAAACAGGUCCAGGUUUCACAAUUUCAAAUUGCAAGAGCAAAACUGCUCGUAAUCCUUUAAAUCGGUGGACGCUCGGCGAUGGUGCUAUAAAUGAAUUUGCCUUCUCUCCAUGUGGUCAGUACAUGGCAGCUGCAUCUCAAGAUGGAUUCCUAAGAAUAUUCCGGUAUGAAAAUUGCGAAUUGGUUGGAUUGACAAGAUCAUACUUUGGUGGGUUGUUGUGCGUGUGUUGGUCUCCUGAUGGAAAGUAUAUAUGUGUUGGGGGAGAGGACGAUCUAGUAACAAUGUGGAGUUUCAAAGAACGCCGGGUUGUUGCUCGAGGACAAGGACACAAGUCUUGGGUUUCGGUGGUGGCUUUCGACCCCGUGACUACCACGUAUGGUGAUUGUGACGAUUCGGAAGAAAAUGGGGUUCGUGAAGAAUGUUCCUGUGUAAAUAUUGGAAAAUGUCAUUCAAGCAACGAUUGUCAGUCUUCUGGUGUGUUUUCUUGUGAUUCUGUGGACACGGAUUCAACAACUCUUCAAAGCUCUUGUUUAGCUUGUCAACAAAUUAGUAGUGCAAGUGGUGGGAAACAAUCAUUGGUCACGGUGAAUCAUGUAAAUAACAAUUCGUCAUCCACGCUAACGACGACGACAUCAUCUACUACAAACUCCACUUCUGUGCACACGUGCACUCCUAACUUUCCAAGACACUCACGACAUAGCCGAACAACAGAUAGCAUGCGGCUGAGUAUCUCUGAAUCUUCCAAUAACAGAGUCCCAGUAUGUUAUCGGGUGGGCUCUGUGGGACAGGAUACCCAGAUUUGCCUCUGGGAUUUAACAGAAGAUGUUAUAAAACAACCCUUUGGCAAGUCUCGUCCUGCUUCUCGAACACCUGGGAAACACAACAGUGAUACAAACUCAUGCGCUAUUCAUUCCAAUUCUAAAAACUAUAGUAGUAAUCAAAAUAUUAUGCCAAAUCAUAACUGUACAACAUCCACAUGCAAAUCUCAUAGUGAUAAAGAUGAUUCUGUGGGUGUCGGAAAUAAUAUCAGUGUAAAUAAUGCGAGUGUUUCAACAUCUAAUGUCAACUUAUCAUCGUCAUCAUCAUCGGCAACAGCAGCAACAACAACCAUGACAGUGACUCCAUCAACAACGAAUGGAAAUGUACAGCAGCAACAACAGCAGCAGAACAGUAGUAAUAAUUCUUCCUCUGGUCAUGGACUCCUUUCCCUACGUUUUGGAGCCCUCAGUUUUGGGGGUGGCGACAAGGAUAGGAGUAAAGAUAAGGACACGAAUAAGGAACACAAGCGAAACUUUAGUUUAGGUUCCUCGUCAAACUCAAAGUCGGACAAGAAUGCUGGUAGUAGCUCAAAGGCCAACCUUGGUGGUGCAAAUAGUGGACUAGCUGCCCUAGGACUGAAUAUUGAUAAAGUCGACGAUCCCAUUAAACUCAUAGGAACCCAGGCUUGUCCAAGGUUGGACGAGUGUCCUCUCCUAGAGCCCUUAAUUUGUAAAAAGAUAUCGCACGAACGACUCACCACGUUAAUAUUUCGGGAAGAAUCAAUUGUGACAAUUUGUCAAGAUGGGAUAUUAUGUACGUGGGCUCGACCUGGUGAUGCAGUUAGUCAGUUAUAAUAAUUGUUCAUUGGCCAAUUUAUUUGUACGCGGUUGGUCGUCCUUUGUUCAUAUUCGAUAACCUACCUGUCACUUUGUAGAGAGAGGUUUAAUUAUUUCCAGUGGAAAUUUUCCACAUUUAUAUGCAGCAGACCAGCAUGCCAACUCUAUGCACUUUAUGUCGUUCCACGAAGAAGACAUUUAAAAAGACACACGGGAUAUCGUGUCAAUUAAUCAUUAUCUUCAACUUUUUCACUUAACUACAUACAUACUUUGAAUGACUCGUGUUUAUUUUGCUGCAGUGCAGCACUACCUACUAGAACGUACGUAACAAGACCUUAUAUUAUUAUUAUUAUUUAUCAUUGUUAUAUAAUACAAAACGUGCUCCCCAACUACUGAUAUUUCGCUUGUUUUUUAAAUAUUUACAUUUUUAUUAUCCACCGUUUUAUGGAUUAAUGACGACAAAUAUUUCACUAUGUAUAUUGUCAGUCCAUAUACCCAUCAAUCAACCACCACGUUAACUUAUUUUAAGCUAACUAUAUAGUAGUUAGUUCGAUUUCCAUAUUAGCCCCUAAAACGAGCUGUAAAGUGACAAAAACCUGAAUUUUGAUGAUGUUAGUACGGUACUGUACAGUACAGUAAUAACGAAACGAAUGUAUUUAGAAGUCGGGACUGUGUAACUUUUAUCUGUAAUAUUUUUUCUGGGACUUGAUGAAUGAUAUGAAAUAAUUUUAAUUUUACAGUUUUAUUGAAGAAUGCAUAAACUCAAACUCUAUUUUGAUUAUAUAUAAUAUAAUACUAAUAAGUCCAUAAAUAUACAUAUAUGUUCGGUUAGAAAUUUGAAGCUUUACACAGUUUUGUACUUUAGAAACCGGUUGAUUCCUCCUAAAAGCGAAACUUUUAACACAAGCAAUAGAACGGUAUGAACGUGUCAAGACGGAACUACUGAAAAUCGUCAUUUUCUCAAGUCGCAAAAACACCAUUAUCUCAUUUUUUCGAUACGAGCGUGUAUGUGCAUAUUUAAUACCUACGUGUGUGACAGUGUAGGUAGUCCUUACUUCAGCAAGCCCAAAGAACCAGAUCACCACCAAUUCUACACACAUUUAAAUAAAAUAUUAUGGCAUUUAUACACGAAUGAAUCGUUACACUUCUUGAAGAAACAAAAACUAAAGAAAUUUGUUAUUAUCUUGGCGAAGUUUUGGAAUUUUUUGUCGACUCGACUGCCUACACAUAUACUUUCCACAGAACUUAAAGUGUAGUUAAAUACAUAGCGAAUAUUUAUGCAGACACGUAAAUUAUACUAUUUAAAACUUAAUUACGCAUUAAUACAUAUGAAACUGCACUCGAAAUAAAUAGAUAUACAAAUCGCAUGCAUUUCUGACUGCAACACAGGUUAUCUCUAGUUGGACGUUAUAUAUUAAUAUUCAAGUUACAUAACUUAUGAAACUAUUUUAUUGUGACCCAUGAUGAUGCUCCACCUCCUCCAUAAUAAAUUAAGUGUAGGCCAACUCGGCACGAAUUAAGUUUAUCGAAUCAAAUAUCUAAACAAGAUGACAACUACUAAAUAUGUAAAGCUAACGCAUAUGUGACAUUGCUACUAUUACCUACCGAUACUAUACUUUGACAUACCAAAGACUUCCGAAGAAGAUGACGCCAUCGUGAGGACAUUCGCAUUGCAAGACUAUACGUGUAUGUAGGAGGGACUUGUUUACAUUGGAUGACAAAUGUCCCCACGAUGACUUCUUAUCUGCAGCAGUCAAUGGACACAUAGCUCUGGGGAGACAGUUUAGGAUUGGAUGAUAUAUGAAUAUAUUAUUGUUAUUAUUGUCACGUGUAAUGUGUUGUUUGUUUAUUUAUUUUUAAGAGUGAAAGACAUGUCGAUUAUAUUGUCAACAGGUCUUUUGUCUAUAUGGAAGAGUCAAUAAUAAUAAUCGAGUUAUUAAAUAUUGAA